GUCACUUUGGGAGUCUUUUGAAAUCGCGGCAUCCUGAAAUACUUUUAUGUUCUCCAGCCACAGGACACUGAAACGAAGGACACCUGCCCAGGGUAUAGAUCGCAGGGAGUACAUAGGUCACCUGGUCGAUGAGUAUUACACAACGACCAACAUCGAGGCCCAGGAGCAGGUGACUGCUAAUUUGGCCAACUUCGCCUACGAUCCGAUCAACUGGCCGCAUCUGCUAGAGGCAGACGCCCUGGAUGUGUUCCUGGCAUCGCUGGAAUCCCAGGAUCAGGCGCUGAAACCACACGGCAUUGCGGCAUUGUGUAACAUUUGCUUGGGUAUGGAAAAAGGCUACGAUUUGUGGACUUCUACUUCAGGGAACCCAAUCUUUUCAGACAAAACAGCUGGCAAAUUCAUCAGGCAGCACCUACAACUCAUCACCGGCCUCUUUGUGCGCACAGAUCACCCGGAAAUAGUGCUCCACAGCCUGGCGCUCUUCUACCAACUACUGGAAUCCGGAGAGGUCGACAAGGAUUUACUCCUGAGACCUGCGCUGCUGAGGACGGUGCAGGAGUGGCGGGUGAAGGCUCACGAUCAGCGCAUCCUGAGCAGCCGAGCACUUCAGCAGGUGCAAGUGGUUAAGCGCUUCUCACAGAGCGACUUGGAGCAGUUCGCCCAGUUCACCGGCGACCACAACUACAUACACAGCCUGGAAACACCAGUGGAGGAGAGAAGAGUGCAUGGAGCCCUGCUCAAUGCGGUUGUGGCUGGGAUUAUGGGAACCCAGUUGCCGGGACCUGGCACCGUUGUUCUCGAGCAGAAUUUCAAGUUCCUCAAACCCUGUCGCAUUGAGACGGACACCCUGGUGACCGUGCGCCUGCUGCAGUCGCGCAAAAUCUCCACUGUGGAGUACGACAUCCGGCAGAACGACGAAGUGGUCUUCGCCGGCAGUGCAAAGUUGCUGACCCGCAGCCAAACAGACUAGGAUUCGUUCAAUAAAGAUGGAUUUUUAUGUAUU